GUUUUUAUGGAAGAUUUUGCAGGUCGAAGUGCUACUGUCCUACAGAAAGGUGUGAUGUAAGAUAUGGAUGUCAAAUGGAAAGCAUGGAUGUACGACUCUAUAUAUUAUGAUAGAUAGCUGUUAUUCAGGAUUUUUUUUCCUUUAAAGAAAAGUAUAGAGAGGUUUCUAAUGAGUGGACACCCCUGACGUAUGCCCUGGUUGGAUCUGUAAUCACCAUGAGUCUAAUUGGUCUACUGAUUUACCUUAGAUCCUGGUUUUUAAAGUCACCAGGAUGUUUUCCUUCUUCCGGUCGGCUUUCUACAGAAGUAACUGAAACUCAGAGAGAAAGAUAUGAAUCUCACGGAAGCUCAUCAUCAGUUGGAGCUGACCAUGUUGUAUCCAGCCCACGUGAUCAACCAGACUUAAAUACUUACACGGAUUUGAGAUUUUCCAGAAUGUAUGACAGCUCUCCUGACUGUGGAGGUGGACCACAACCAACAGCGCCAUCUGUCGACUCCAUUCCAACUCAAGGCUGUAAAGAUCAGAAUGACAAAGAAGUGAAAGGCGUUGAUGAUGAUUAUGAUGAUGAUGAUGUAGAUGAUGGUGAUGAUGGUGGUGGUGUUGAUGAUGUUGAUAACAAUGAAGUUGAUGAUGAUGCCCCUCGCAAAAGAAAAUAAGAGCAAUUCUUAAAACAUUAAGUAUUAAAUAUCUUGUCUCUAAAUGUCUUUCAAUUGAGACAAGUCAUGUAAAAUCGUUUGAUCCUUCAAACUAUGAA